AGCCUGGAGGAGCUGGUCCUGCAAGGCAACCAGAUUGCCAUUCUGCCCGAGGGCUUUGGGCAGCUCUCCCGCGUCACCCUGUGGAAGAUCAAAGACAACCCCCUCAUCCAACCUCCCUAUGAGGUGUGCAUGAAAGGCAUCCCCUACAUUGCAGCCUACCAGCAGGAGCUGGCCCACUCCCAGCCUGCUCUCAAGCCCCGCCUCAAGCUGGUCCUCAUGGGCCUGAAGGAUGCGGGAAAGACCCUCCUGAGACGAUGCCUCAUGGAGGAGGCAUCAGGGCUGGAACUAUCGGGAGGCAGCAAGGGCAUUGAAGUGAUGGACUGGACAGCGGAUGCAGAGAGGGGGCUGACGUUCAUUGUGUAUGAGCUUGCGGGGGACCCAAGCUAUGAUGUGAUCCAGUCUUUCUUCCUCUCUCCCGGGGCCCUGUAUGUGCUGGUGGUGAAUUUGAGUGCCUACGUCCCUCAGCACUUCUACCCCUCUGUGGGCUAUUUCUUGCACUGGCUUGGUUCCAAGGUGCCCCAUGCUGUGGUGUGCAUGGUGGGAACUCAUGCUGACCUCUGUGCGGAGCGGGAGUUGGAAGAGAAGUGCCUCGACAUCCAUCACCAGAUCGCUCAACAGGAGAAGAGGGAUGCUGAGGGACUCCAGAGCUUGGUCCAGCAGGUGGAUGAGGCUCUGGGACAGGACUUUGACCUGCGCUGCUCCAGCCCGCACGCUGCCUUUUAUGGGGUCUCGGACAAGAACUUGCGGCGAAAGAAAGCCCAAUUUCAGUACCUUCUCAACCACCGCCCACAGAUCCUCUCUCCAGUGCUGCCUUUCAGCUGCCGGGACCGUUGCCAAGUGCGUCGCCUGCGGGACAAGCUCCUCUCGGUGGCUGAGCACCGGGAUAUCUUCCCAAACCUGCACCGAGUGUUGCCCAAAUCCUGGCAAGUGCUGGAGGAGCUGCACUUCCAGCCGCAACUGUGGCUUAGCUGGUGGGACUCUGCCCGGUUGGGCUUGCAGGCAGGCCUGACGGAGGAUCGGCUCCAGAGCGCCCUGUCCUACCUGCACGAGAGCGGGAAGCUGCUUUACUUUGAGGAGCACCUCACUUUGCGGGAGUACGUGUUCCACAACCUGCCGCGGCUCAUUGACAUCCUCAAUGUCUUCUGCCAGCGGGAUGCCACCGUGCUGCUCCAGAAACUGCUCAGUGACACUCACAUUGACGAACUGAGGACCACUCAGCUCCACCAUUACGUGGAGGGCUUCUUGCUGCAUGGUCUCCUCCCUGCGCACGUGAUCCGUCUCCUUCUCAAGCCCCACAUCCAGAGCCGGGAGGACCUGCAGCUCAUCCUGGAGCUGCUGGAGAAGAUGGGGCUCUGUUACUGUGUCAACAAACCCAAAUGCAAGCCCCUCAAUGGGGCAGCCGCUUGGUACAAGUUUCCCUGCUACGUGAAAAACGAGGUGCCCCAUGCGGAGGCAUGGAUCAAUGGCACCAACCUGAGCGGACAGUCCUUCGUGGUCGAGCAGCUGCAGAUUGAAUACAGCUUUCCAUUCAUUUUCCCGCCCGGCUUGUUUGCCCGCUACAGCGUCCAGAUUAACAGCCACGUGGUUCAGCGGUCAGAUGGCAAAUACCAGAUCUAUGCCUACCGGGGAAAGGUGCCCGUGGUGGUGAGUUACCAGCCUGCCAGGGGAGCUCUGCAGCCAGAUACUCUGUCUAUCGCUAGUCACGCGUCCCUACCAAAUAUCUGGACAGCUUGGCAAGCUAUUACCCCGUUAGUGGAAGAACUGAAUGUCCUGCUCCAGGAAUGGCCAGUCCUGUACUACACUGUGCACGUCCUUUGUUCAAAGUGCCUUAAAAGAGGGUCACCCAACCCACACGCUUUUCCAGGAGAACUGCUGAGUCAGCCGAGACCAGAGGGACUGACGGAGAUCAUCUGUCCCAAGAACGGCAGCGAGCGAGUUAAUGUUGCCUUGGUUUACCCCCCAACUCCUACUGUGAUCAGCCCUUGUUCCAAGUGA